AUGUGUUCUAUUCAUUCGUUCACAUCAAAUCAAAUCGAGAAAUUACGUGAAUCUCUUCUACUUUGGUAUGACAGAUCCAAACGUGAUUUGCCGUGGCGUCGAAUGGCCUUGAAUCCGGAUCCCAAUUUACGCGGUUACGCUGUCUGGGUAUCGGAAGUUAUGCUUCAACAGACUCAAGUAAAAACAGUUAUUGAUUAUUAUGAUCGAUGGAUGAAAAAAUGGCCUAGUGUUGAUCAACUAGCCUCGGCUUCGUUAGACGAUGUCAAUUCUCUAUGGUCUGGAUUAGGUUAUUAUUCCAGAGCUCGCCUACUACAUAAAGGAGCGAAAAAGAUUGUCAAUGAAUUUAAUAGUAUUUUCCCUCAAUCUGCCGAGGUUUUAAAGCAUUCGAUACCUGGUGUUGGACGUUAUACAGCUGGAGCAAUUGCAAGUAUUGCGUUUAAUCAGUGUACUCCUGUUUUGGAUGGAAAUGUAAUUCGUGUUCUAACACGUUUACGUCAAAUUGGUUCUCCUGUACAAUUACCUACUUCUAUGGAAUAUUUAUGGAAUUUGGCAACUAAGCUAGUCGAUCCUAAUCGACCUGGAGAUUUUAAUCAAGCUUUAAUGGAAUUAGGUGCAGUUUGUUGUACACCGAAAAACCCUGAUUGUAUGAAAUGUCCACUUAAUAAAGUUGGUUUAUGUGAAUCAUAUAAACAGGCUAAUGCAAGCAAAAGUGAUUACAUUUCAACUGAUCUUGAAGAUUGUCAUUUGUGUAUUAAUAGUACUGUUUAUCAAAAAAGUCUUGGAGUAAUGAAUUAUCCUGUGAAACUUAGCAAACGUGAACCUCGUAAACAAAAUACAGUUAUUCUAAUCACAUAUACUUCGAGAAAAGAGAAUGAAGCACUAAAAAAUUACUACCUGCUUUUACAACGACCUAAAACAGGUCUUUUGGCUGGUUUAUGGGAAUUUCCAAGUUACACCAUUGAAGAUGACGAAUUGACGAGUGAAAUUCAACAAUCAUUUAUUCCUUUAGUUAUUGAUCGAAUUACAAAUGCGUUGAAUUCCUCACUGAAUAUAACUUCAAUUAAUGAAUUAAAUGUGAAACCUAUUGGAGAGGUUCUACAUAUUUUCUCACAUAUACACAUGACGUAUAUUGUAUUCGAGUUGAAAGUUGAACAACAACAACCAAUUCCCUCUGAGUGUUUAAACAAUUCUAAUACUAAUACUAAUACUACUACUACUUGUGAUUGGCCGCCAAGUUUAAAUUCCGGUCGAUGGGUUAGUCGUGAAGAUUUAAACGACUCGGCUAUAUCCACUGCUACUAGAAAGGUAUUUGCUCAUUUUGAAAAUUCCAAAUCAUCACAUUCUGAAGUUGAUAGAAAUCAAGGAAAAAUCAAAAGAACCUCUACAAACAAACAAUUAUUGAAUUCUAAACAAUCAAAAUUAGAUCAUUUCUUUCAUUAG